UUUAGAGAAGAGAGUUGUAUCGGUAGAGGGGAGCCAGGAAGCACUUGGCCUGGAGCCUCUUCCAGCACUCUUCAGACACACAGAGAUACUGCAGGCUUUCACAAAGUACCUUUUCUGCUGCCCUGACAACCCUGCAGAAAAUGCAACAAACCACAUCAGAACUUGACCCUGGUGUACCCCAAAUGGGACAGCCAGCUGCUGUAAAGUCAUAUCUAUGGAAAGGGCGGGCAGAGAAGUUCUUGAAGGGUGAGCCCAAGAUCCUCGGGGUUGUCCAGAUCCUGAUUGCUUUGAUGAACCUCAGCUUGGGAAUAAUAAUGAUGUGUGCCACAUUGCCAUUUUAUGGUCGUAGUCCCAUUUCUGUCUUCAUGGCGUACACAGUUUGGGGCUCGGUGAUGUUUAUUAUUUCAGGGUCCUUCUCAAUUGCAGCAGGAAUCAGAACUACUAAAGGUGUGAUUCAAGGUAGCCUAGGACUGAAUAUCGCCAGCUCCACCUUGGCUGCCAUUGGGAUCAUAAUCAGUGCAAUCAGCUUGAUUUCUUUUCCAUACCACCACUCUUACUGUAGCUACCAAACGAUGCCAGAAAAUUGUGCCUUGGUCUCAUCCAUUUUAAGGGGUAUGGAUGGUGUAGUGCUCGUUUUAAGUGUGCUGCAGUUCUGUGUUGCUGUGUCCCUCUCCGCCUUUGGAUGCAAAGUAGCCUGUUGUAACUCUGGUGGGAUUGUGUUUGUCAUGCCCUCGAAUCCUCAUGUGGCAGAGACAGCACCUACUGCACCGUUUUCAGGAUAUCUGACGCCUCCCGCAGAACAACAGAGAUAUAUUCCAUAAAAUGUACCCUGAUAGGGAAUGCAAGAACCCCAGCAACCAACUCUGAUUGUUAAAAAUUAUGUAUUUUAUAAUAAAGUCAAAAAAAUGUUUUUAAUUCCCCCCAA